AUGCCACUCAUAAACUGGCAGACGUUUAUCAAUAGUGUGAGCAACAAAGAAGGUGGUCAAGGCAAGAUCAGCUUGCUCCUGUUCCAAGCUGUCAUGUUUUCGGCAACCACGUUUGUCAAUCUUGACCACCUUCAAAAGGCUGGCUACUCGAGCCGUGAGGAAGCUCAUGAAGCUUUCUUCCAAAAAGCACAUCUUUUAUAUCAAUCACAAUACGAAUCGGAUCCACUCACCAACCUCCAAGCCCUGCUUCUCAUGACACACCGUUCCAAAGCCACGGACGGGAAAGACAGCCGAUAUUGGAUUGAGGUUGCCAUUUCGCUGGCGUUAAUGAUGGGGCUCUUUCGAGACCUUCCCACCGGUUAUGCAAGACACUACAAUCAGAAACUUCACAGAAGAAUUGCCUGGACGUGUUAUAUGGCGGACUCCUUGAUCUCCCUUAGGUUAAGGUGCCUGCCGCUGAUUCGCAGUGUUGAUUUCAACGUUUCCAUGUUAACUGAAGAUGACUUUGACGUUGGUAAUAUAAGCAUGGAAAGCCAACUCCUGCUUCCUCGAUGUACUUUUAUUCGAUGUUUAGAAUCUCAGAAAUGCCUGGCCGAUAUCUGUGUUUCUCAAGCGCAGUUAUGCUUGUGUAUCAGAAGAGUGCUGAACGUGCAGGCCAGGUGCAACUCAACGGGAAUAUCUGCCGAUGCCAUCGCCACACCACCAGAUUCUCCGAACAAACAUCACUCAGACUACCUCACCAGUAUUUGGAUGUCUCAAAAGGCAUUAACUGACUGGGAAUAUUCCUUACCACCCAUAUGUCAACGUCCUCCCACAGCGUUUUGGAUCGGCAGCAAUGAAAGCCCGAUAGUUACACUCCACCGCAACGUCUUGCACAUGGUCUAUCAGGGGGUGGUUUGCGUGCUGUAUCAGUCGCAAAUAUUCCAAUCGUCGACGUCCCGCAUGCAGCAUGCUGCUAGGCAGAUCACUGAGAUUGCCACCGAAUUAGAUGACAUGAAUCUUCUUCAUUCGCUCCCGAUUAUCGGUUCUACAACUAUUAUGAUUGCGAUGAUAAUCCACCUGGCAGAGGUUCAGAUCUCUUCCCCGGUAAAGCAACGGGAAACCAUCACAGACAUUGAAUCAUGCAUUGAAUUAAUGAAGAGGCUACAAGACGUCCAUUCAUGUAUGAACAUUGUCACUCAUCUUAUAUUAGCAGCCCUCCAGAAGUGCUCCCCGGUAUGA